GAAUAAUGACGCCACACUCAAAUCCAAACCCCCAAAAGUUGUUUCCUUUAAUCUCAAGCGAUGUUCUCAAUUCCAUUAAAGAGCAAAUAGUAACUGAUCUUCCUGCCCUCUCUCUCUCCACAUUGCCUUCUCCCUCUACUCCUGGUAAUUUUUUUAUGCUUUUUCCACUGUAAGACCAACCUUCCUCUCUCUCGUUAGGGUUUUUUUUUUUUUUUUUUAAGCCGAACUUUCAGGCCAAAUAACAGCUUCCUUCCUAUGGAACCUUCAUUUCUGUCCUCCCUGUCCAUACCCUUUUCUCCUCUUUUGCUCUCCCUUGGAGUUUUCUGAAAAAGAUUCUACUUUGGUUUGGUUUGGAAGGUUUAAGAUCAUAUAUUUUUUUGUGGUGUCUUGAAUUUUAUGUAUUUUUGGAAGUUUUUGAAUUGAUCUUUUGGUGGGUAUUUGUUAAAUUUUGGUUUUCAAUUAGUAGCUGAAAGAUCAGUUUUUGUGACGUUGUGUGUGUGUGUGGAAAAAUGGAGGAUCAAGAGAUAGUUGGUGAGGAAUCUUGUGUGAAUACAGUGAGGGAAGUGAGAUUAGAAGACGAUGAAGAGGAAUUCAGAAGCUGUUGCGAGGAUGAUGAGGUGUGGAAGGAGAAUGAAGAAGAAGCAAAGGAUGAUCUUGAUAAAUUUUCGGUGAAGAUGUUCUUCAAAGGCAUGUCAAUAGCUGAGGCUGGAGAGUCUGGUUCUGGCUUAUCUGGAAUCGGUGUUGUGAUGGAGAGAUCGAUUAAUCUUCCUGUUAUUCAGGUGCAGAAAAGGCUUGAUUUCUAUGUGGAAGAAUCUGUGGCUGAUUAUUUAGCUCUAAUGGAUGGUCUGGCCGAGGCUCUGCAGAAUGAAAUCCGCAGUGUGCUUGCUUUUACCGAUUCUGAGUUAUUGUACCAGCAGAUUACAAAUGAGGAGAGACUUGAUAUCCCGCUUCUUACGGCACUGAGGCAAAGGACCAUAGAACAUGCAAGCAAUCUGGAAACUUUUGUUUUAAAACUUGUUCCGAGUGUUGAUCUUGAGAGGCCGUUCCGACUAGCCCAAAUAGCAAUUGGGGUUGUCUCUUCUCCUGCCAAAGGAGAUAAAUCAGUUGAAAACUGUCCUAUAUGCUGUGAGGAAAAGCCAUCUCCAAUGAUGAUUACGAUGAAAUGUUCCCACAAGUUCUGUUCACAUUGUAUGAGGACCUAUGUUGAUGGGAAAGUGCAGUUGUCUCAGGUCCCAAUAAGAUGCCCGCAGUUGAAAUGCAAAUAUUGCAUCUCUACUGCAGAGUGCAAAUCAUUUCUUCCACUUAUUUCAUAUGAGUCACUGGAGACAGCUCUUGCAGAAGCAAAUGUUCUCCACUCAGAUAGAAUCUACUGCCCGUUUCCAAAUUGUUCAGUCCUGCUUGAUCCUCAGGAAUGUUUGUCAGCUAGGGCAAGUUCAUCAAGUCAGUCUGAUAAUAGCUGUGUUGAGUGCCCAGUUUGUCAAAGAUUCAUUUGUGUGGAUUGCGGGGUUCCCUGGCAUUCUUCAAUGAACUGUGAAGAGUACCAGAGUCUUCCCUUGGAGGAGAGAGAUGCAUCAGACAUUACCUUGCAUCGUUUAGCACAAAAUAACAGAUGGAGGCGUUGUCAGCAGUGUCGUAGGAUGAUUGAGCUCACACAAGGUUGCUAUCACAUGACCUGCUGGUGCGGACAUGAAUUUUGUUAUUCUUGUGGUGCCGAAUAUAGCGACGGCCAGCAGACCUGCCAAUGCGCUUUCUGGGACGAAGACAAUUCGUAUGACUUAGUCUCCCAAUCUGCCCAGGAAUCAGAUCAAUGGGCUUGGGAAACUUUCAAUUCUCUCCCCAUGAUCAUGGAUGCGUACUCUGACCAAGAGAGAUCUCAGCUGGCCCUCAUCCAAAGGUUCCUUGCUGGGGGCUUCAGCCUGAGUGAUCAUCACCCAUACCAAUCACCGCCACGCUGUACAGAUUCUUAUGUAGAUGCCAUAAAGGAUCUUCAUCAACUGCCUUGGCUUGAAAGGUUCGUAUCUGUCAUAAGCGACAAUUACUAUGAAGAUUACAUGCAGUGAUGCAGAUAUAAAAGUAAUCCGCUACUAGGAAUAAAUUGAUUUGAUAAGCAAUAUGCAACAAUUGCUUUUGAGGAAGUGUUGAGUUUCUCGCUCUAUUCACUUCAUAAUCUGUUUUUUCUUUACACGAGCGUGUAAAAAUGGAUGCUCUUCGUUACAAUGUGUAAUUUUCGUGAUCAUUAUAUGCUAGAGAAUUUUAUGGCUCAGGUGAUCCUUCCAUAAGAUGAUAGUUGCUUCCUCCUUAAAGAAGAAAAAAACACAUAGAGAAACGCUCGUGUUUAUUGGAGUUGAAACACAAAAUCAAUGGAAUCUUUUUAGAUUUUCUUUUC